UCUCUCUCUCUCUCUCUCUCGUCUGGACUGAUUUGGGGUGUAUGAAUAGUGGAUUGGUUAUCAGUGAGGUUUGUGAUUGAAGAGUGGUUUGUUGCAUUCUCUCUCUAUCUGGAGAGAAGUUUUUUUUUUUUGGGCAGCUAUAGAUAUGGGAGCUUGUGUAUCGAUGCAAGAGGGUUGUGUUGGAGGUCGAUUUGGGUCUUCUAAGAAGAAGUCUAAGAAGAGAAGGAAAGCUAUCAACCCAAGAAUCUCAUCUCAUUUGUCAGAUCGAUCUUCCGCCGACAAAGUUGAUCACAAGCCCGUCAGACUUUCCACCGAUCGAUCCUUCAACAACCCCAUUCUCCACGGAAGCAUUGAGGAGGCUUGGUUUGAUUCUGCUGCAAUACUUGAAUCUGAUUGCAGUGAUGAAGAUUUCCAAAGUGUUCCUGAUGAUGUGCUAUCACUCAAUGGUUUUGAAGGUGCGUCCAUGUCGAGUAUUGCUCCUGUCAGAUAUGUUAAUCACGGAGAUGGUGACAUCAACAUCCAACACACCUCUACCGCUGAAAAGAUACAGAGAUCCGAUGGACCUAUGAAUGAAGCAAAACCUGUUUACCUUGACGAAAUCUCCUCUCUAGAUGAAAGUGCUGGUAGGGAGGAUGGUUUAUUAGACAAUUGUGGAAUUAUACCGAACAAUUGUUUGCCCUGUCUUGCUUCUACUGUUCCAGCAGUUGAGAAGAGAAGAUCUCUAAUCUCUAGUCCACCAAGUGCAAGGAAAAAGGCAGCCUUGAAACUUCCCUUCAAAUGGAAGGAAGGACAUUCUAGUGCCAGUUUACUUUCUUCAAAGAUGCUUCUGCAAAGACCAAUAGCUGGUUCUCAAGUAUCUCUUUGCCCACUCGAAAAGAAAAUGCUUGAUUCUUGGUCACACAUUGAGCCAAAUACUUUCAAAGUUCGGGGGGAGAAUUAUUUUAGGGAUAAAAAGAAGGAAUUCGCUCCAAAUUAUGCUGCAUAUUAUCCAUUUGGUGUUGAUGUAUUCUUAUCUCAAAGAAAAAUUGAUCACAUUGCUCGGUUCGUAGAACUCCCAGUUAUUACUUCGUCUGGGAAACUUCCACCAAUUCUUGUUGUAAAUGUUCAGGUUCCGUUGUAUCCUGCCUCAAUUUUUCAGAGUGAAACUGAUGGGGAAGGAAUGAAUUUUGUUUUGUACUUUAAACUUUCAGAAAGUUACUCUAAGGAACUUCCAUCCAAUUUUCAAGAAAAUAUCAUACGGCUAGUUGAUGAUGAAGUAGAAAAGGUCAAAGGUUUUCAUGUUGAUACAAUUGUACCCUUCCGGGAAAGGUUGAAGAUAAUGGGCCGAGUAGUAAAUGUGGAAGAUCUUCGUUUAAGUGUACCUGAGAGGAAACUUCUGCAUGCUUACAAUGAAAAACCAGUUCUUUCGCGUCCUCAACAUGAGUUCUAUUUGGGGGGGAACUAUUUUGAGAUUGAUUUGGAUAUGCAUAGAUUUAGUUACAUCUCUAGGAAGGGUUUUGGAGCAUUCCAAGAUAGACUAAAGCUCUGCAUCUUGGAUGUUGGCCUCACAAUUCAGGGAAACAAAGCUGAAGAAUUGCCAGAGCAGAUAUUAUGUUGUGUACGUUUAAAUGGAAUUGAUCACAUGAAUUACCAGCAGCUGGGGUUGAGUCAAGAGCCCCUUUAAUAUUUGCACAAACACUGUAAGCGUGACGGUAAUAGUAAAUAAAAGGCAAUUUUUUGUAGGAUCUUUGUGCCCAUCUUUAACAAUUAAGGGGGAGUGCUCCAACAUUCAUAGGCAUGCAAUUGCACACACACAUAUACACAGCACUCACACGGAAUAGAUUGUAUACGUCCUUCAAAUAGAGUGGAACUUUGUUUCUGCGGAUCCUUUUUUGCACGCUUUGCAACUGCUGUAUAGUCAGUCCAUGGUUCAUAGCAUCAGUUGAUACCGAGAUAAUUCCAUUGAGUCGUGGCCACAUUCGGAACCUUCUGGUAUUUAUACCAUUCCACAUUUCAUGUAAAUCAGUAGAUUACGAUUAUCGAAUUAACAUGAUCUGAAUUAUUUGUC